GUGGGAGUCGGGAGUUUCUCUGAAGUUUUUAAGGAAGAGCUCGAGGGCUGUGUGGAAGAUUUCGUAGCGGCAUCGUCCCGACGGAGAAAUGUUAAAGAUCGCAGGGAAAAAAUCCUAGGCCAGGUGGGGCUUUUCUUUCUGCAAGAGUGUGGUAGCAUUGAGCUGGUCAGCGAUGGUGGUGGCUGUUUAGUCCUAAUUCAGUUGGAUUAGGUCACAGUUUCGCUGUACCACAUUUCUUUUCCUCCCUGCACAGCCAGCGAUGAGGACCCUUUUCCCGCUUCUUGUUGCCUUGUGGGUUCAUCUUGGAUAAAAAUGAGUAGGAGGAGCAUUGUCUGCGGUUGGGAGAGUCAUAGCAACCUGUCCAAAUUCCUUCACAAGUUCUGCUUCCUUCUACUUAGAAACAGUGUUAUGCGACAAUCAAGAAGCAAUUGGUGCUUGAAGUCCACUCAAGGCAAAUCAUAAGGUCCGAGCACUUUUGAAACUCAUCGAGGAAGCAAUGGGUGGACCAGUCUCUGAGUCAGACACGGAGUCGAUGGGAGGAAGACAGAGGCCAGGGCCGAUGUUAGAGGUGGUCAUCCUGGCGGCAGAGGAUCUCAAGAACGUUAACGUGCUCGGAAAAAUGAGUGUAUACGUUAUGGCAUGGAUAGAGUCAGCCUUAAAAAGAAGCACAAGUGUGCGACACAAGACUGGAAAGAAUGCUGUGUGGAAUGACUGCCUGUUUCUCCCAGUGUCUGAUGACAUGCUUCUCAAUCCUCAUUCUUCGCUCACUGUGCAGGUGUAUAGCACCGGAACCGUGAGUCCGAGCGUAGUUGGAACAUCUUACCUGGCGUUGGCAGAUAUUGCACGAAUGAAGGCUUCAAAAACCAACUCAGACGAAGGUGACAUUGUCACACUGCCACUCCAUAGACGCUCUGGCCGAACUCAAGGGAGCAUCAAGAUCUCUGUCAAUCUGACUGGAGCUACCAUUCAGCAGAUUAUGUACGCCCUGGACAAUGGUGACGAUGGUUGGGCAAUUGAAAUGCCAACUACCUCCUCUAGCGUUCCUGAUGAAGUUGCAGUCAUGGGAUACCCAGCAGUUCAAUCAUAUGGUUAUCCCCCGUGUACUGAUUGUGAUGAUGACAACGCGGCGUUUUUGCCAUCCGCUCCUCCCAUUUAUCUGGCUACUUCUUUUGAAUCAUCCUUGACUUCGAAUACAAAUACAGAGGAUGGCCCAACUACUAAUAUCAGCGUAGAAAACAGUGUAACAACCCAACCAACUAGACCACCACCUCCUGCAAGACCUCCUCCGCCGCUCCCUUCAUCUCCUUUAUUCUCCAAUAAUGGCAACGUGGACCCUCAUCCAUGUGCACAAGCACGUAAUAAGUACGUCCCCGUACAAAUUCGACGGCAGCAAGAAACCAGAGAUAACAUUCUACUCGCUCUUCUAGGUGGUGUGGGAGGCCUUGUCGGGGGAUUUGUGAUAGGAGAUAUUAUUGGCGCUGCACUAUGAGUCGUAGCUCAGCAUUAAUCUGUGAAACUGCGAAUGUCCCCCCACCCUCAUGUCAGAUUCCUCUCCAACAAUAUCCGGAAGCAAGGAUGAAAUUGUCGAAGUAAUCUAUGGUUGUAUAAUAGUAAUGAGGCUCGAAUAAUUCACAAGGGGCAGCUGAAUUUGUGUGUGUAUCGUGAAAGUUAACCUGCCGGUUUCCUGGUGAGCAUUGUUGCACAUAUUUACCGGUCCACUUCCUAAGCUCAGGAAAGUGUAUCUACAACAUUUGAAAUAUUGAUAUUGCCACACAUGGUUGUUACAA